AUGGUAAUGAUUCAACAAUAUAUGGGUGUCAUAAAGUCUGUAUUUUGCAUUGUCUUGGUUCUCAAUAUUGUAGCAGUUAUCAGCAUUGAAGAAAAGAAGGAAACAGAAGAAGAAUUUGUUGGCAAAUUGUUUGAUCCUGCAUCUGAAAUAUUGGACGAGGAUACGGCAGAGAUUCUAUGUACCAUUUGCAUGGAAGAUUUGAUUCAUGUAACGAAAGAUAUUGGAGAUCUUGGCUUAUGCCUACCAAAGGAAUCACAUAGUAGAACCAAUGAAGUUACCUCAGAAUUCAGAUCAACGGCAAGAGAAAACAUCCAAAAUUUGAUUAGUACUUGCAGUCCACAGUUGAAGGAAAACUUUCUUAACUGUUUGAGAAAACACAACGUUCCAUUCCAAGAUCAAUCCAAGAAUUGGAUCACUGCUUACGAGGGAUCAGGUUCGUCCAGAAGAUAUCCGCGUCGAGUUUCGCCUCGAUACUUAGCAGAAAAACAAGACAAAGAUGGAUCGUCUAAAAAAGAUAAAAGUGAUAAUGGUUCUGAUAAAUCAUCAAAGAAGAAGUCGAAAUCUUCUGACUCUAAAAAUAAACAACACGAGAAAGCGGUUUAUAAUGCCAUGGCUAUGACUGCAAUGGUGAUGUUUGUAAUUGCAGCAUGUACCUUUUUAUGUUAUUGUAGGUGUUGCGGAAGUGGUAGAGUUAAUCAAACUGAUGAAAGACCGCUUCUCAGCAUGAGCAGGAGUGAUUAUUCUGUUGGUUCUUCAAAUAAUAACUCAAGAAUUUCAGUAAAAGAGGAGAAACAUGGAGUUCAAUCAAUAAGUAGUAUUUUGGUUGAAGAGAAAAAGAACUCAAUGAAAGAAGAUGCUUCAAGACCAUCUUUUGAUCUUAAACCUCCACCUGGUAGGGUUGGAAAUGGUAAGAACUCAAUGAAAGAAGAUGCUUCAAGACCAUCUUUUGAUCUUAAACCUCCACCUGGUAGGGUUGGAAAUGGUAUUCCGCCUUUGAAACCUCCUCCAGGAAGAACUGAUCCUCUUCCACCCGAACCACCACCAGUUAAUAGUUUUGACUAUGCCGUUAAUCCACCGCCACCACCUCCUCCCCCUGGACUACAAAUGCCUAGCAGUAGUGGUGCUCUUCCUCCCGGACUACCAAAGCCUGGCGGCGGUGGCCCUCCUCCACCUCCACCGCCGAAACUUGGCAAUAGUGGUCCUAAGCCUCCUCCACCACCACCACCGCGUGGAAAAUCAGGCGGUCCUCGACCACCACCACCUCCUAAGAGUGGUGCAGGUCCUCCAAGAGCUCCACCUCCAUUUGGUCAAAAAGGUCCUAGACCUUUACCUAGUGGACCAAAGGUUCAAGGGAAAGUUGAAGUUAGUUCAGAAGGUGAAGGUGAAGCUGAAGCUGAUGAUGCUCCUAAAACCAAGUUAAAGCCUUUUUUCUGGGAUAAGGUUCAAGCCAACUCAGAUCAAACUAUGGUUUGGACUCAACUCAAAGCAGGAUCAUUCCAGUUUAAUGAAGAAAUGAUGGAAACGCUUUUUGGAUAUAGUACUCCAUCAAUGGAGAAAAAAGGUGGACAGAAGAAAGAUCCUUCCUUCCGGGAUGCUCCACCUCAGUUUACCCAAAUCAUUGAAUCAAAGAAAGCACAAAAUUUAUCAAUUCUGUUGAAAGCAUUAAAUGUGACACUUGAAGAAGUCCGUGAUGCACUACUAGAAGGAAAUGAGCUCCCAAUAGAAUUUCUUCACACCCUGAUAAAGAUGGCACCGACAUCAGAGGAAGAACUUAAGCUUAGACUUUUCAGUGGUAGUUUAUCUCAACUUGGUCCUGCAGAUCGGUUCCUUAAAUCUUUGGUUGAGAUUCCAUUUGCUUUUAAACGAAUGGAAGUAUUGCUUUACAUGAGUACUCUUCAAGAGGAACUCACCUCUACCCGAGAUUCUUUCUCAAUUUUAGAGGUUGCUUGUAAGGAACUAAGGAGCAGUAGAUUAUUCCUCAAGCUUCUUGAAGCUGUUCUUAAAACAGGAAACCGAAUGAACGAUGGAACAUUCCGCGGAGGUGCACUUGCGUUCAAACUUGACACACUACUAAAGUUAUCCGAUGUAAAAGGAGUAGAUGGGAAAAUCACCCUCUUACACUUUGUUGUUCAAGAGAUGAUGCGAACAGAAGGAAUAAGAGCAGCUCGAAUGGUGAAAGAGAGCGGUAGUUUCUCUAGUAUAAAAACAGAGGACCUUCUCGAAGAAGUUAAUCAUGAAUCAGAAGAACACUACCGCGAAAUAGGUCUACAAGUUGUUUCACAUUUGAGCAGUGAUCUUGAGAAUGUGAAGAAAGCGGCAGCAUUAGAUGCUGAUGGCUUGACAAGCACAACAGCUAGAUUAGGCUAUGGUCUUAUAAAAACAAGAGAUUUCUUUAAAAACGAACUUGUGAACAACUUAGAUAAUGAUCAAGGGUUCCAUGAGAUAGUUAAGUGUUUUGUGGAGAAAGCUGAGGUUGAUGUCACCGGUUUGUUAGAAGAAGAGAAGAAAAUCAUGGCUCUUGUAAAGAGUACUGGUGAUUACUUUCAUGGGAGUACAGGGAGAGAUGAAGGGUUGAGAUUGUUUGUAAUAGUACGCGAUUUCUUAAUAAUGUUGGAUAAGGUGUGCAGAGAGAUUCAAAAAGCACCAAAAAAGCCAAUAAAGAAUGUAAAACAAGAUACAACAGAUGCUAAUUCUAAAGGGUCAUCGAAUGUAAAACAAGAUACAACAAAUGCUAAUUCUAAAGGGUCAUCGAAUGUAAAACAAGAUGCAACAAAUGCUAAUUCUAAAGGGUCAUCAAAUGUAAAACAAGAUACAACUAAAGCUAAUUCUAAAGGGCCAUCAAAGCCGGAAACUCGUCCUCCACCUCCGGAUACAACUAAAGCUAAUUCUAAAGGGCCAUCAAAGCCGGAAACUCGUCCUCCACCUCCGGAUAUUCGCCAGCGGUUGUUUCCAGCAGUGGUAGAGAGGAGAGUGGAUGAUUUUAGUUCAGAUGAUGACAGUCCAUAG